CAGGUGCGGCUCUAGUGGCUUCCGUGUUACCCAGGAAGUUUCAGAAACUCGACUGUUGCGAAUCAGGCGGGGCAUAGUUGGCAUCUAGCAGUGUGUGUUGAAGAUGCAUUUAGUUCUAUGUGUACCUUGGAUCUCAUGCUGGAUCGGAGGCUUCAGCUCAGCUGGGCUUUCAUUCCAGUCCCCAAGCCAACUUGGCUUCAGGAGGUUGAACCUGAAGCACGUUCGCGGGAGCAGUAGAUCGCGUUGCCAUGGAAGCACCCCUGGGCUGCGGGACGCCUCACCCCGAAAGGCAGAUGCUCCCAGCAGACAGCGAGGAACCGCCGGCCGUGGAGUCGACUCAAAAGUCGCCUCACCCCGAGAGGCAGACGCUCCCAGCAGAGAGCGAGGAACCGAGGAGGCUUCCGGCACGACACCAGGAGGCUGCAUCGGGCCCACUUUCUCUGGAAAGCCGUCCGGAUUUUCCGCUACGACUAUCCUCUGACUGCCCCGCCUUGCCUCCUGACUGUGUGGACCUUAUUUUCCGCCGCUUUCACCGUCCGGAGGAUGUUAUCCGAGCCGCUCUCACCUGCAAGGCAUGGAUGACGUCAUCGAGCCGCGCCGCCUCCUCCCUCUCCCUCCUCUUCAACCCUUUCCUGCUCCGUUGGGAGCCUUGCUUCCACGAAACUUCGCGCUGCUCCUUCAUGCGGCCGUGGGAGCCCGCCAGCGGUUUCUGCGCCGCCAGAUGGAUAUUGGACGAUCUAGAUUUCGCCACAGUCCCUUGGGAUUGCCGACCGUUGGAUCUAACGCCCCCUUCUCCAGCGCCUGCUCAAACUCGCGGCCCAGAUUCAGUCUCGGAUUUUCGGGAUCUUCGAAAAGCCAUUCCUCUGAAUUAUGAAACGCCUCAGAACGCACCGUUGGUGCCUGGUCCGGUCUAUUCAGCCUCGGAAUUCCUAGACCCCCUACCAUCCGCUCUCCAGCUGCUCCCCUGGCGACCGGAGCAACUCACCGGUCUCCUGAAGUCCUUCCCCCGCAUCGCCACCCUUCAGAUCCCCCUCUCCGCCUCCCACACCACUGAAGCUGACAUCACCUCCCUGCUGACGGACAUAGGCGCCUCUCUCCCGGGGCUUCGCGCCCUGUACCUUCAGAUGGACUGCGUGCCGGCAGGGGGUGCGCUGAGCCUCAGCGCACGGCGCUCGGAAGUGGUGCAUCCGUACUUCCAGCAGCGGAAUUUGCGGCAGGGGUUGACGCGCCUCUUCCAUUGUUGCCCUCUGCUGCAGUCUCUGCAUUUCCAGGGGUCUGACUCCGCUCUGCUGCUUCAAGAUGCUAAUGCUGAUGCGGAUGCUGCUAAUUCUGCUGCCGCUGCUGCUGAUGCUGAUGGCUCUUCAGGGUGCUCUGCAAUGCACCAGCUCGCGCAUCACUUCUCUCGUCUCACCGACCUCUCCCUCCCUGUCGCCACCCUCCCCCCCUCCUUCCCCCCCCACCUCACACGCCUCACCUCCCUCUCUCUCGCCAUCUUCGACUGGCCCUGCCCCUCCCUCUCCCACUCCUCCUCUCCCUUCGAAUCCCUCCUCUCCCUCACCUCCCUCCGCCUGCAAAUCGGCCACAUCCGAGCAGGAGAUUACUCAUUCUACUCCCUCUCCCCCCUCCUAUUUUCUGGGCUCGAACCCUCCCUCAGAUCCCUCUCCUUCCUCCUACACGGCCGGUCCCCUCCCAUCCCAUCCCUCUGGGAUCUCACCCUCCUCUCCUCCCUCCACCUCCACCUCCCCACUGACCGAACCAACCAAGGCCACGAGCCAUGGGGACCAGGGAGUUCCCAAGGGCUCUCCUCCUUGCGCCACCUGGCGUCGCUCGAGUGGUUGUCGUAUUGUGAGACGGUGCCGCCUGGGGUGGUGGCGCUGGGCGGCAGCCUGACCAGGCUGCACCUGCCCUGGGGGAGGUUUGACCCAGGGAAGGUGUUAUCUAGGCUGCCUAGGCUGAGAGAGCUGGCGGUUCGCAGCAGAGCGCUGAUUGCUGAGAGGGAUGACGUGGAUGAUGAGGGGGACGGGAGCCAAAACAGCAGCAGCAGCCGCUGGAACAGUAGCAGCAGCAGCAGGGCAAUCGGGCUCUCUCCUUCCCUCCUAAGGCUUGAGGUGCAAGACAGUGGCCAGCCCCUGCCCUUGCACACCAUGUCCUCCCCCACCCUCCUCUCCCUCAAACUCUCUGGAGUCUCCCUAGCUGCUGAAGUCCCCCCCUCUGCCUGCCUCUUUCCGAACCUGAGGUACCUGGAGCUGAGGGGUGCCUACGGCAGGCUCGGGUUCGGCCCGAGGCAGUGCCUGGGCCGGCUGCCGAGCCUAACGCACUUCGUUGGGAGCGCGAGGAGGAACCACAACAAGCUGCUGCUACAGUGCCCGAACCUCCGGUUCCUAUCCUUGUCCGAACCUCCGGCUGCCGUCCCCCUGGUUACGUUACCACAGCUGAAAACCCUGGUGGUGUGCGGGUGGGCAGGCAACGGAGUGCUGCUGUCGCAGCUCUCAUCAUUCCAAUCGCUGCAUGCGCUGCGACUAACUGGGCUCACAGAGGCACCUGAGGAGGGGGGGAAUUCUGCUGGGGAUGUUACGUGCCCUCCCACGCUGAAGCUGGUGCAGAUAUGUGCGUCCAAGGCAGAGGGAUUGCCUGAUGGGGUUCGCAACCUGACCAGCGUUGUUCGGCUGGAUCUGCUGAGCUGCGCAAGUCUGGCCGAGUGGCCGCAGUGGAUUGCGCAGCUCCCGUGUCUGGAGCGGUUGAGAGUUGUGGGAUGUGGCCAGCUCCCUGCACCACCGAAGGAGCUUUCGUCCAUGGUCCGGGUUUCAUGAAUGGAUGAAGCGUAAUAUCAACUCCAGAGCUGGGUGUAUCUCUCAGCUCGUGUGGUUAGAGCGCAUGAGAGUUGUGGGAUGUGCUGCGGCUCCAGUUCCACUGGAUGAGCUUUUUUCAUCGCCUGUGUUGGAGGAAGCAAGCACCUGUAAGUCACCCAGACUACCAGUAUCCUGUCUCUGGAGAGCAUGCGAGUUGUGGGAUGUGGACAGCUUCUUUACCCUCCAUCUGAGCUUUCUAUUGGGCUGUGCCAGUAACCCCACUGCAUACUGUACAUGAGCAUUGGUCACCUUUACGAACUGCCCAGGUGCGUACCGUACUUGACCUGGCACAACCCGCGU